GGAGCCCAACCGACCGAAUUCACCCGAAGGAAAACAAACUCGUCGGAAUUAUGAGGUGAUAUGUUGUAGCAACUGCAGGCAAAAUGCUUUACGUAUUUCUUGUGGAUACAGGGACCAUGAUGACCUUUGACAUGAACUUGGCACUGGAAAAUGUGUCAGUUCUGAAGGAGGUCAUUCACCGGUCCAUGAAGGUACCCCCAGAGAAGCAAGUCCUGCUCAUCUCUGGGGGUGAGGCUCUCGACCCCAGCCUCCGCGUGUGUCAGUACUCGGCUGGAACGGAUACCAACCCUAUUUUCCUCUUCUCUAAAUCCACAAUAGAGGGGCAGAAUCCUCCAUCCCCAAGCAUUGACUAUGGCUCCGACACUGAUCUACAGGACCAGGUUGAAGGUGCCCUGAACAUGCCAGCCAGUUACAACACAGUGGUGGCUCGAGCCCAGCUUGCACAGCAGUUUCACGAACACUCAAGAGAUCAGACGAGAAUAUGCCAGCAGCUAGUUCAUGAUCAGCACUUGCAGCAACAGGGUUGGGCUGCAGUAGUAGCAAAUCUUGAAGAUAUUGUUGCGGCAUUUAAAACACGUUUUGAAAGCUUUGAGCAAAACUUCAAUGAUUACUUGAAAGGUCGUGAAGAGAAAUUCACUAUCCUGGAGAAUUUUGAUGAAGACCUCAAGUUGCUGUCCAGAAUACCAGUCCUCCCAGCUCUUCUAGGACACACAAAGAAGGCAACUGAGGAAGGAAAACUGGCUGAGGACACGGAGAAUGAGGAAAGAAAAGUAGAUAAAGGAAAAGAUGAUGAUGACAGCUUUGAAACUCAAGUUGGCAUGAGUCUCCUAGAAUGGAUUAGCGCAAAAGACAGCCAGAACGAUGUAGAAAAGAUAGCACAACUUUGCUUUAGAGGCCUUACUCAGGUACAAGACAUCAAGAGGAGAUGCAUAAAGGCUAAAGAAGAACUCUCAGAAAAUUUGCAUGUCAGACUGAAGUGGAUCAUGUAUAUAGAGAAGAAGUUGUACGAACUGGACAACAAGCUGAGUAUGCACCGUGAAAAUGUCCGGCGGCUCACUGGGCUCUUGCAAGUGGUUGAGCAGAUCCACCGUGCUCCCCGAGUGUAUGUUGGUGCCAUUACAGAAGUGGCGCGCCGGCAUGCUUUCUCACAGGCGUUUGUACAGUGGGCAACAGCACUUAGCGUGGAAAGUAGCGAGGUAUGGCAACGUGAGGUAACUACCAGGAGACAUUUCUUGCAACAAUUCUCGUCGCAUUUCCUCACCAGCCUCUUCCCUGGCCUGGAUGACCUUCCUCCUGACUUUGCAACUCAGCCUCCAGACAAAUUUGAUGACACACUGCCAAAGUUAACAGGAGAAGACAUAGAACAGCUGCGAUCAGUGCUGCCCGAAUUGGCUUCUCUCCUCUUUGUGGGAGAAGUUGUGGCAGUACCGCCCCUGCUACAAACGGCUCUAAAUGGAAGACAUACACAAACUCCAAGAAGUAGCGGUACUUUUGUCAAGGAAGGCAGUGGUGAUGUUUAUGCCUCUGCUGUGACCACAGCUAACUCAGCAACCCCACGCAACACGCCUGAUCGUGAUGCAGUUUCUAGAGGGCAACCUGUGCGGCCUUCAUCUCUUUCAAGAGAGCACCAAGAGUCAGAGACAGACACUGAAGAGUUUGAGAAGGUUGGAUGUAGUGCUGGGAGUGAUGGCACUUUUUCUCCUAUGGAGGUUAUGCCAGAGGGUCGGGGAUCUGUGAAAACAAAGCACCACUUCCCAACACAGACAAGUGAUUCUAAACACAUCAAGCUAGAUGGAGGCUCUGCACAGCUGCCAGGAACUGCACAGGAGGAGCUAAGGCAGGGGAGCGUAGCAGCAGUGCCCCCCAGAGAUACCCCGCAGAGCCCCGAGUCUGUGGUGACCUCCCAGGAGUUUGUCACGGCUGAAUUCUACAUUGAUGAGUCGAUGCCCUCCAGCUAUACGGAGAGCAAUGGCACGACGGGGACCACGGCUUCCAGCACCUGGCACCCUCCGCUCGUGAAGACCCACCAUGUCAUCACCGCAGAGUUGCAGAAACAGCUAGAGGACAAAGACACUGCCAUUUUCUCGCUACAGAGUGACCUGAACCAGGCAAAGGACGAAGUGGACAGAUUGCAACAACGACUCAAUGCCUUGGCCUCCCUGGACUGUAAGGAUGCAGUCGUCAGUCUCAAAAGGGAGUUGGCGUCUCUCAGGGGAAAGGUUCGUGAUGAAGGAGCAACUUAUGUCAACUAUAUCUCAGAGUUGUCCUCUCGUCUCCUAGAUGUGUUGUUACAGUGCAAGCUCAGUCCUCACUGCCCUCUGGAAAUGAAAACGAUACAAGUGCAGACGUCAGCGGAGCAAAAUGCAGCAGUCAACGAGGCUGUCACUUUAGCCAGGGCAGAUAAGGACAAGUUGCAGGAGCAGUUGCAGGGAACGCUGGACUUGCAGGCCCAUAAACUCUCGGAUGCCCAGCGCGAAAUUGAAAUGUACCAAGAGCAGUUACACCGACACCAGGAAAACCUGCAGCAAACAACUGCCGAGUUUGAGGAAGUGAAGAGAGCUUUGAUAGAGGAGAAGAACGAGGCCGUGAAGCAGCUGAGCCUGGAGCACGAGUUAGAAAUGGUGGCCAUGAAGGAGCGAUGGCAGGAAGAGGACUCCUCGCGGCAGGAGGAACUUACGUCCUUAACUCAGAAACUGAAGAGCCUUGAGGAGGUCCUACAGAGGGCAGAGAGCGACCGAAACGAGCUGGAGAAGAACUUCCAGGAGCGGUUCGAGGCCCACUUCCAGGAGGAGAAAGAUAAGAUCGUGCAGAUUUUAGAGGUCAGCUUCAGCGAGCGCGAGAAGAAAGCCUUAGAGAGCCUGAAGGAACAGCUGACCCGGGAACACCAGGAGGAAGUGAGCAGACUGCUAAGUGAAAAAGAAGAGGCUCUGAGGUGUGCGUGUGAGGAGGUCCGGGUGAAGCUAGUGGCAGAGUGGAGAGAGGUAGUGGAUAAGCAGCACAAAGAUCUCAGUGAGAAGCAUGCAGCAGACCUUGCCAAGUGUAAGGAGCAGUGGGACCAGGAGAAACAGGCAGAGAUUGCUACCAAAGUCGCUGAAAUUGAGACCCGAUGGCGGGAAGAAAGGGACACAGAGAUUGAGCGAGUGAGACAGCAAUACAAAAUGGAGCUUGAGGGUCUGCGGUCGCGAUUUAGAAUGAUGACCACUGCCAGCAUGGACAAAUCACCUUCAGAAACGUCCUUGGAGAAGUUUGAGCGUGGCGAGUUUAUGGACUUGGCGGCUCACGAAAUCGCUCUUGCCAAGCUGAGGGAGGAAUUGCUACGAGAGAAGGAAGCAGAGCUGGAGGCGGUCAAGCUUGCUCUACAAGAACAAUUUGCUCAAGCACAAAAGGAGGAAUUACAGAAACAUGAAGAGAUGAGGAAAGAGGAAAGAAGAAGGAUAGAAGCAGAAAAGCAGGUCGUGUUCAAUGAUGCCAUAAAGUCAGUUACGCAAGACAAGGAAAGAGUCAUUGAAGACCUCAGACUAAGGGUAGAGCUCUUGACGGAUGAAACAGAGAAAUUGCGUAGGCUUAUGCACAAUGCUGCCACAGAGUCGAGUGACCAGAUAAUGACUGCUUUGGCCACAGAGAACCAGACCCUUAAGGAACGUUGUGAGACCUUGCAAAAGGACAUUGUGAGACUUGAAAAUGAACUGCUACGGGCCAAGAGAUUCAGCUUCGUGACAGAACGCCAGCACGAUCUCAGCAUGUCCUUCACAGAUGCCGGACCUGCGGGGGCGGCAGGUCCCAUCACAAGCAGUGAGGAUGUUAAAAAGCUUCAACAGGAAAAUCAGGAGCUGAGAGAUAAGCUGGAGCAGAGCCGGAGCGCGACCUCGCUGGUGGAGCGCGGCAAGAUCAGCAUCCACUCGUGCCAGCCGGGCGAGGCGGUGCUCCUUGUGUGGGACGACAUCCACCUCCACUACCGGGUGCUCCUCGAGGGCAACCCGCACCUGCACUUCCUCCACACCGAUGCCUACGUGCCGCUGGGCCUCUCGAAGGAGCCGCCACACAAGAUGUACUGCACGGCCGAGGUGGUCAGCAAGGAGUUCUGCCAAGCCAAGAAGGACGAGAACCGGUUCCGCGUUCCGAAGGGCACCAAGUUCUACCGCGUGAUGGCCAAGCCGUGGGAUAGCGAAGACACCUCACGACGAGACGGGAAGAAGGAGUCCCAGCAGGCAUCUCCUACCCAGUAGUAGCUCCAGCAUCCUAACUCCAGCAUCCUAUCCCAUCUCCCUUCCUCCGGCCUUCGAGGAUGCCCCUGGAUGAUGCUUACUCUUCACCACUCUGUCCCCGGCUUUGAGAAAUAGGACGCGACCGACCGAGACCCAUUGGUGGGGGAGCGUGGCGGUGUUGCAGCAGCUGUGGCCGUCAUCUUCUCGACUUGUUUGUAUCGUGACUCGUUUUCAUGUCAUUGUAACAUUCUGUAAACAUCGCCUUUCACAUUACUGUCUGACAUCUUUCACAACAUCACGGUUUCAUUUUCAUCAUUACAUUGUGACAGCCAUCCUUCGUGACACUUGACUUUUUUUUCCUGACAGAGACAGCUUUCCUAACUUUACAGUAAUAUAAUUGAUGAUUAAAAAAAAAAAACUUGGGAUAUCCGUUUCUUCUUCCUAUGGUAGUUUUUUCUAACGUUAUCAGAUCUUCAUUCAUAACACUUCAACAUAAACCAUUAAAAACUGGUAGUCUUAACAGUGUUUUUUUUCAUUUACACUUAGAAACGAACACAUACUAAUAUUUCACAUUAUCUUUUAAUUUAUAGUUCUCCAUUCAUCUAUUUACUCCUUUGUUUUAUGUUCAAUCAGAUCGUCUUCAGACUUCCCUCCCCCCCCCUCUCAUAUAUAUUAUGCAAUAAUAUGUAGAACAAGAGGCAAAGAUGGCAACUUAAAAAAAAGGGAAUGAUACAUGAAUAGUUUUUUUUGUGAUUAAAGAUAAUGAGCAUCAUAUUAACAAUUAACGAAAGACCUGCGUAUGAAGUCAAUGCUUGUGUAUUUGUUUUAACCUCAGAUUACAUGCCAUUGUAGUCCUCAAUCAUCUCGACUUUGUCUUUGCUCUCUGGAUGCAGCUUCUUAGACCAUUUCUUUGCACCACAUAGUUUUUUUUUUUUUUUUUUUUUUUUUUUUUUUUUUUUUUUUUCCUGCAGGUCUGCUUCGACUUAUUUUCUGGCCAAAUAGAUGAUCAGAGAUAUGAAAAGUAUUUCAAGGAUGUAAUUCAUGUAUUUUUACAAGGAAUCCAGUUAGAGAAGCAUGUAACAUUUGUAAUGCAGUGAGAAGAAUUUUUAAUAAAGGGUGUUUUUAAAAAG